AUUAUUGUUUGUCAACCAAUGACGUGACGGUGCAGAGCGGAGAGCCUCUCCACGCCUCUGUGUCUCUCUCACUCUCUCCGGCUGUCUCUCUCCGGCUGCGUGUCGCGGGCUCCCGAACCUUCACUCAAAAAACUCUGCAAAAACACAAUUUCACGCAAAAGGCCGAGUGCGCGGAUAUCAUGCAGUCACGAGAAAACCCUUUACGCGUAGCUGAGAAACACACGAGCCUCCCACGCUCUUCCUCUUUUCGGUGCGUUUUUCUGUGCGUGUGACCGAAGAGGGAGGCUGGCUCCAGAAUCGGGGGAGACAGGAAUGCUUUUUUUCCUGUUCCAAAGAGUGUAAAAAAAAUAAACAACCUCCGACCUGAAGCCGACGUGGUCUUUGUAAUCUGUCAGCAUACACUUGUCCUCCUACCUUCACUUCCGUUUCUUGUGCCUCACCGACGUCUGCGGGACUCGGCUCUGCUCUGUCCGCUUCGGUUUCUCCCUAAACUUCAGGGAAAAACCACUGGUACAAGAGAGAGUCCUCUGUCUCCAGAACGGCAGCUGACCUUUUGUGAGAGCUCAGAUCCCCCCCUCAACCAACCCCUCCUCCUUCCACUUUCAAACCAUAACCUUCAAAGCUCCAGCCUGCCGGUAGCCGCUUCACCACCGACACGUUCAGCAAUUGCCCUUCCCGUGCAGAAGGACUGACAAACGUCUCCGGACUGGCCCCCGGACUGGUACUCCUUCAGUGGGGGAGGAAGGCAGCGGAGCUUUUCGCCGUUUCCCCCCGGAGAUGAAGCUGCAGGCUGUCAUGGAGAACCUGCACAGGCAGCAGAGGGCCAAGCUGCUGAUGGAGCAGCAGCUACAGCAGCAGGUCGCCGCCGCCCAACACGCUCAGGUCCGCACGAUAGCCGGAGGCGGGGAUGAGCCGAUGGGCAGCCCCGCCCCCGAGGCGGAGCAGGCCCAGAUGGCGGCACUGGCAGCCAUGCGUGCUGCGGCGGCCGGGCUGCAGAGGGUGUCGGACAGCCCCAUGUCGGAGCGCAGCAGCGGCGGCGAGGAUGAAGGGGAUGAUGAAGACGACGGCGACGACGACGAGGAGCAAUACAAGGACAUGAUGGGGUCCGACGAGGAGGAGCAAAUCAAACAGAAAUGGGACGAGGAGGACUUUGAAGGCGAGAUGGAAGAGGAUUUUGAUGACGACCUGGCGGAGGGGGGUCUGCCAACGGGGCACGACGCAGUGGCUCCCGGAAAGGGCAUCCUCCUGCUGCCCCAUCGACAACUCCACCCACACUCCCAGCUGCUGAAAGCUCGUCCAAGUGUCGACCAGGAGCCCCGCUUAGCGAUCGCGCCCCCCCACGCGGCCCGCGGCCACCUGGGCGUGCAGGACCACGGAGACUGGACCUUCGAAGAGCAGUUCAGACAAUUGUAUGAACUGGACAGGGACCCGAAAAGAAAAGAGUUUCUGGAUGACCUCUUCAGCUUCAUGCAAAAAAGAGGAACACCAGUGAAUCGUAUUCCCAUCAUGGCCAAGCAGGUCCUGGAUCUGUACAUGCUCUACAGGCUGGUGACAGAGAAGGGCGGCCUGGUUGAGGUUAUCAACAAGAAACUGUGGAGGGAGAUCACCAAGGGACUCAACCUGCCUACCUCAAUCACUAGUGCCGCCUUCACCCUCCGCACACAAUACAUGAAGUACCUCUAUCCAUACGAAUGUGACAAGAGGAGUCUGAGCAACCCCAACGAGCUGCAGGCAGCCAUCGACAGUAAUCGGCGGGAGGGCCGACGACAGAGCUUCGGCAGCUCCCUCUUCACCUACUCGCCUAACGGGACGCCCACCAUGCUGUCCUCGCCCAAGCUCCCCUCAUCCAGUGUGGGCCUGAUGGUGGGCACCAACGGGUCCUCGCUGACCCCCCUCCAGAAGAUCAAGAAAGAGGACGGAGGCCAGCCGCUGCCGGGGGCCGGUGCGUCCCGUCUGCCAGCCGGGGCCCUGGCGGGUCACUCGAUGGCGUCCGUGCAGGCGGCGGCAGCUCAGGCGGCGAUGGCGGCUCAAAUGGCUGCUCUGGAACAGCUAAGGGACAAGCGGGAGGCCGGCGAGCCGCCAGAGAAGAAGAUGGCGCUGCCGGCGGAGGAACACCACCGACUGCUGCAGAGAGCGCUGCAACACAACCUGUUGGCCAUGACCGCUCAGAUACCCAUGAACAUCCGCAUCAAUAACCAAGACAGCCGGCAGGACUCGGCCCUGAACCUCACCACCAACGGCACCAGCAGCAUCAGCAUGUCAAUGGAGCUCAACGGAGUCGUGUACACUGGCGUUCUUUUUGCUCAGGCAGCAGCGGGUUCGGCUUUGUCUGGAUCAGCCGCCUCCAACAGUCGUGUGGCUCCACAGCAGCAGCAGCAGCACACACCUACCUCAACCUCCAGCAACCAGUUGUCUUAACAAACUCACAGCCUUUUCCCUCUUAUUGUUUUUAUUUUAUUUCCACGCUAAGUAAAGCCAAAAAUCAACCUCAUUUUCUACAUAAUCUAUGCCAAAAAGAGAAGAACCAUACACUGUACAGAAAGACACAAACUGAAAAUCAGUCACACUAUCUCAGGUUUUCUCUCACCAACACCCCUCUUGUGUUCUUCAUAGCCAAAAUUUCGGGGGGAAAAAAUUAAAUAAUAUCUCAACAGAGAGCCAGUAUAUGCUAAACAACUAUGAAUGCACAACCUGUGAAUUAUUUAUUUCUGCAUAAGUGUACAGAACAAAGAGAAGUUAAUAAUGAGGAAAGGCAAUACACUGUUUACACUCACAAACACAGCUACUGAUUGACAGCAAUGUUUUAUCCUUUAGGGGAGACAUUUUCUUUUUUCUUUUACCUUUUCAUUAUCGUUGAUAUUUUCUUUACUGUUUUUUUUAUCAUUUAGAACUUUAAUCGUCCUCUCACUAGAGGAAAAAAUAUAUAUAUUUAGAAUUCUAUAAAAAAAAAGAAAAUAUGAAUUUCCUCUAUUUUUAAUCAGAAAAGCUUCUAAGGUAUAUGUUGUUUCGUCAGGGCAUAUAACAAUCUACCGUUGUGACCUCAUUCUGUGUAAAACCUUAUUUACAUGGCAGCCAUUUUGGAUCUAUUUUUAGAAGACUCCAGGCCUGUGCCCCUGUUGUGCACCGAAAUAGACACCAUAUAACAGAUUAUCCAGUGAAAUAUAAAACAUCUGGAUCUCAAUCUGCGAGAGAAUAUUGGUUCACUUGUUCACACAUUUGAGCAUACAUUAUUUAUUUAUUACCACCAGAGUCUCUGCAAUAGUAUUUGCUAGAAUUCUACGUAGUUGCAAGUUCAAGCAGCCUUCAAACGGCUGGUUUUCUUUCGUAGACAGCUAGCAAAGUCUAAUCCUCACCUGCUUGUUGACAUUAGGCCAGUUCAAUGCAUAUCUGUGCCAAUCUUGCAGGUUGUCUAUCAGGCUUAUGUUAUAAAUGGACUUUUAGAAAGAUGGAAAAAUGAACUAAAACCUUUUGGGAGAUUUUUUUUUCUCUCCUCGCAGCACCUCAACAUGCUGGCUUUGCUGAGCCACUUCGACUGUUGCUGUUUGUGGGUCAGAUUGUAUGUGAAUAAUACACAUUCACGACCAUUCUCAGGUGUCCGCCUGCUGAUUGCGUUAUGUGAUGUCUUGACAGAGUGAUUCUUUUCUUGCGCUGUAGAAAGAUCAAUUUUCAUCUUUUUAUUUCUAACUUUGCCUAAGGGUGAAAUGCAUGCCUGUAUUUUUAGAUAAAGCGUCAGCUUCAGCGGACAUUAUCCAUUAUUAUCAGGUGUCUUGUUUUGUAGAUUUCAAAUACUUUCGUUUUUUGUUUCCGUUGUUUUAUUUUGCAUGAUUUUGUGCUUCUGUUCCAAGUGCUUCUUAUCUUAUGCUGUGACAAGGACCAGGUCACAUUGAGACUUGCCGUCAGGAACAUAAAGAGAAUGUCUUGUGAUCCUCCGACUGUUUUUGGAUGUUGCUUAAUCUGGGUUUUUGACAAUGUGAUCUCCGGGGUAAUAAUAGCUGUGGCUGAGCACUCGCCUGUGUCUUUAGUAUUUGUACGGACACUCACCGCAGUUAGAUGAUUAAGUAAAGUCGGCCCCAUUGUACCACAUCAUUAGCGUGUAAGCUGUGUUUCCGCAUUUUGUGGGAGAUCAAUCUUUCAGCUUUUUGAACUUUAACCUGUCUAACCCCUCUGGACUGUUAAAAAUUGUUACUUUGUCCCCACUCCCACUCCCACCCCAACGCAAAGCAGCCUCAUUCCUACUGACGUUAGGAAGUAAAUCAGGCUUUGUAAAUGGGUUCUGUUCUGUGCCUUAGCACAGCGGGGGAUGACCAGAGAGCCAGCAGUACCUCAGUCUAAUCAGUUUUUACUGUUCCAGUCAAAUAUCCCCAGAUGGCUGCCGUGGCUUUGAUUCUGUAUUUGCUUCUCUGUGGGAAAUCACCACCAGCUGCUAUCCAAACACCGGACAGCUUUGAAAAGUACUCUUUCUAAAUGGAUAGCCAACCACGCUCAUUCAGAGACACAUGAAAUCAUGAAAUGCUCUAUUUAUUAAACCUAAGUUAGUGAGGUGGGAACAGUCCAGCAUUACUUGGUUCAUUGCAUCCUAGAAAAGAUGUGGAGGUUUAGUUUGAUUUUUAAAAGUUUGUUGCAAGCUGAAGGAUCUUAUUCGUUGAGUUAUGUCACAAACCGAAGUGUUGACGAAAGAGGAAUUUCCGUGAAUUAAAAACCAAACUUAAAAAGUAAAACUAAUUAGAAUGUAUUGUAUAUGACAGCCAGCAAAUGCAACCAGUUUGAAAUUCACAUUUGGUAAACAGCGGAUUUUGCUCCAAGGGGUCGUCACAGCUAAGGCAUUAUCAGACCAGUUCAAAGCACAACCACCUGCGCCCCCUACAGGCAAGACAAAUACUGCAUCAGUUUUGACUAGCUGAAAUGUUGACAUCACCAGCUGCAGGAGGUGGGUGAUCUGCUUCACCUCUAUGUCGUCAUACCUGCUGUUUUCUGUGUAGUUGUCUGUUAGCUCUUCUCAUAAAAUACAAACCAUCAAAAAUACAGAAAGAGCCAUCACUAAAGGAAAGGGAAAAAGCCUGGACACAGUUUAAACCUGAUCAAGGCCGAGCUGCAAAGCAGAACUAGACUACGGAACUUCUGCAUUUUGCUACUGGGUGUCUAAUGCUCAUCAAAACCGCAGUUUAUUGGCUACCGCCACCUUUCAACCAAUGAAAUCGUUUUCAUGUCGGAAACAUUUGCAGAACUAAUUUUACGGAUAUAUUUUGCAGAAGUUGCUUCAGUCCAGCAUGUAUUUAAUAAAUCCCAAUGUAAAAGGAUGAUUUCCCUCAGAAUGAUGACAUACAGAAAGCCCUCAAGCCCUCCCUGCUUCUCUCUUUCUCUCUGACCUCAUAGCUGAUGUCACAGUUGCUAGUAAUGGCUGACAAUCAAAUAGAGACGUGCUGUGGCUGAAAACAUUAGUUUGGCAGGGAUGGGGGAGAAAAGAAAAGUUCAAUCAAUACUGAACUAAAGGAUCAACAUUGCUUUUUUCCAAUUGACCCUGUGACCUUUUGGCCCCUAAGGCCACACUGAAGCACCUGCCCCCCUCAAAGGAUCCAUGUUGAUUGUAUAUAUCAAUCUUAUUCUGUGAGGUAUUUGCAUUUGAACAGUGGAGGUACUGCAUCUCUCUCGCUCUCUCUUCAGGGAAGGUCUUUAAUUGCGUGGUAGCGACACUCAGGAGACGUUAGGACACUUAAUACCUCCAAAUACUCAUCGUGGUUGAAGGGGAUACCACAAUCAAUCCUCGCUUCUACCUCAAGAAAGAUUGCUUUGCUUUAGCCACGACAGAAUCGUGAAGCUUGAGUUCAAGUGGGAAAACUGCAUCGAAAUGCAGUUUCAUAAAGACUUUGACUAUGAAUGAGGUUGUAAUGACCACGGACAAUCAGAUAUCCCCUUUGUUUAUGCAAAGAGAACCAGGACUCAUUGAGGGAUCACUUCAAGCCUCAAUGUCUUCACUGAGAACUCCCCUCAGUGGAAGGUUUUCGUUAUGACACACAAUAAGGUCAGAUUUUUCUUUAAAUGAUAUCAAAGCAGGUCUGUGCUGAGACUACAAACAUUCACUGUUCUUCAAUCUGAGCAUUUACAGAAAAUGCUUGGACCUUCAUUGUUCAUUCUCUCCCAGUGUUUCCACGCUGUGUUGAUUGUUCCUAUUGGGAUCAUAAUGGGACUUUCAAAUCCUCGCCUCAACGGGGGCGGAGGUUCAUUCAUACCAGGAUUCAUUUGCUUAUUGAAAACCGUGAACAAUAGGCAUUUCAGUUUGCCUUGCUCGUUUCUCUGCAGCUGUGGUCGGGCAGGUUCCUCCAUAUUUAAAGAAACAUUGGAGUAAUGUUAGCUGUGAAAACUCCAUUAGUCUUAACUGAAGAUGUUCUGCGUUUUGAAUGGAGUUUUAGGUUUUAGUUCAGACAGUUUUUUUUUCUGAAUGCUACGAGCUGCUUUUCAUCAGGAAAUGGACGUUUCUCUCAACUUCCUAAGUUGGGUAUCUUUUUCAAACUUGUAUUAAUGUGGUGUGGUAAUGCAGUUAUAAUUCUUGGGUUGAUUUAUAAAGUAUGUGUGUUUGGUGCACUCGUGUGCUGUUGUACAGUUUGGACAGUUUGUACUCUUCAUCACGUUCUUAAUGCAUUUUGUUUUGUCUUUGAGUUUGAUUUCCUGACUGGGAAAUAAGAAUAUAUAUAUUCAUUUUCAGGGGCCGACUCCCAAUCAGCACAAAGCCUCGGAGUCUCUUGUGGUUAUCUUUUUUGCUCAAUGCUAUAACAUUCAAAUGUUUACCUUGAACUGUUGCCGCUUUCACUCCCACCAGAGCCGUAGCUAAAGAACCACUUGAAACCUUACUAGAUCCACAGUGUCUUUCUCGGAAAUUUGACUCCGGCUCACAUAUUGCUGACAUGGAAAUUCUUUUUCCCAUUUACGGGUUACAGUGCAUGUGGGGUUAAGGGGCUUUUGACUGAACUCCACCACUCACUUUAGCUCUAUCGCGGGAACUGUGGACAAGGAAAAUGAGAAUUAACAAGAUGCCUUUUUCUGUGACAAUUGUAUGAAUUGACCCGUAUUACAAAGAUUCAUUAAGUUGUUCGGAGAUAUGACUUUUUAGCGCUAUUAUAUUAUACCAUGUUCAUAUUUUUUUUUUGCUUUCUUUGCUUUUUAAAACUAUUCUGUAGCAACCUGGCACACAGAAAUACAUUAAGAUGCGAUGAUUGAAGUGCGUGUUGGCUUCAAGUUAACUUCAGAACUGAAUCAAGGCUCUUCUCCCUUACAAGUUCUCAGGAAAAUCUACCUCUACCUCCAGUUUGACGCGUUUAACCCAGUUACAGUUUAGUUUGUACACAAAAAAAGCUUGAGAGUUGGCAUCAGAGUCUGAAAUUGACUCAACAUUACCAGUACUGGUUAAUGUUUAAGAUUAGUUCCAAUCAAGUAAGCUUUUAUGAAUUGAAAGUAUAGUGAUGUAUUUAUAUUAUUAGCUCGACUGGAAUUUACUCUCAGCAGAUAUAUUUAUCACCUUGGUAAGUGACGGAGAGGUUUAUUUUGGACCUGGGGGAGCCUUUCUCCCUCUCUGUUUCUCUUUCUGUGCUACAGGUUUAUUUCAACGUCAACAAUAGGGAACCUUGUGCUCAACAGAUACUUAGUACUACAACAAGUGCUGCUCAAGUGCCACUGUUAGUAGUAGGAGUGGCUUUUCAGUCUUCUAUAUUUUGUAUUAAUGUGUUCUUAUUCCUCUUUCUAUAAAUAAUAAUGUUUUGGAUGAAUGGGAUGUCUUCAAGUAACAGGGAAGUGGCAGCGGGAAAUGCAACAGUUUUUGUUUUAUUCAUUUUUUGCAGGGUGAAAGAUAUUCUGGUCUCUAUACUCAAUGUGUUUGUGUGAAUAUGCUUAUUUUGAAUCUGAAAUGAAUUAAAUAUCACCUUUCUAAAUGUUACCAAAGUUGUGAAUGUUUUUCUUCUGAGAUAAGUUAUGUGAAAUAUGUUCAAUCCUUUUUAAUGGGUAAAUGUAUUUAUACACUCCUACAACUGUCCAACUUGCUAAAUGAUAUGAAUACCUCUUUUUACCAC